AUCGAUCUCAUCCAACAAUAGACUACAGCAUAAAUAUCCCCCCUUUAACACAGCUCUUGAAUUAUCAUAUAGCCAGGCAAGCGCGCGUUAAAUGCUAGUUACAUGUAUUAUAUAUAAUGCGAUGUAAAGGAUGGGUACGGAAUACUGUUACAUAUUAACAUUUAAAUGUUUUACUGGUUUUAUUUUCUAUUGAUUUGCAGCCAUUAAUCCUGUGAGUCAACACGGUUUUCCUCUGUUAUAAAACCUAUGACUUCUAAGAAUACUUAGACAUAUACAACGCCGGUUGUUGUUACAUGACCUAUAUAUUAGUAUGUACUUCAUAGUGAUGGUGAUAACCUCGCGUUUAGGGGCGUCGAUUGUUUUGUGAAAUGAACAGGAAUACUAUCUCGGGUGAAGAAAUACACCUUGUGGAGGAAGACAUGGGCACUUCAUUUGGAGAUCAUGAAUUAUCUUUCUAUUUUGAUGCGACGACAACAAAAGCGGUAGCAUUGAAGGAUGGGACACGAUAUAUUAUUCCUAUUCAUCUAGAAGUGGAGGACACGCCCACUGUUGUGUUUCUGUUUGUCAUAUCAGCCAUCGGCGUGAUCGGUAAUCUGAUAACAAUCGGAAUUAUAAUUCAUGUGAAACACUUCCACAAGCCUACAUUCAUGGUCAUAGGAACGCUUGCAGUUGCGGACUUUUUGUCUUUGCUACAAUACGUAUGCCAUUUGAUGGUAGCGAGUAUCGAUAUGACGUUAGCAAAUGAUUACGGCAAACUUUUUAUGACGCUGGUUUAUAUCACAGCGCAUGCGUCGGCUGCUCACGUGGUGUUGUUGCUUGGACUACGUUACUACCUGAUCGCAAUGCCCCUCCAGGCGAGAACCGUGGGGACACGCAAUGUUAUAUCAGCGUCUAUUCUGAUGUGGAUUUUUAGUGUGAUAUUCGGUCUUGCGUAUUAUUUAGCCAGAUUCCAAGUGGAUGAAAAAUACGUAGGGGUUGUUGUUCUGCUAUUCAGAGGUUAUCUUAUCUUGGUUCCGUGUACAUUUAUGACUGUGCUUCAUACACGAAAGAUAUAUAAUCUGAAGAGAUCCGUCAGCUCGUAUCGAAUCAGCAAAGAAAUUAAACGGAUGUCUACGAUGAUUCUUAUCAUUAUUAUGAUCUACAUUGUUUCAGCCAUUAUUUUCCCUAUUACUUUCGCGUUGAACUUUUUUCAAGUGCACAGUGAGCGUGACAGUAAGAUGAUACAGAUUUGUGGUCGUAUCACGUGGCUCAUUAACCUUUCCAUUAACCCUAUCAUUUAUUUCAUCUACAGCCCAAAGGUGAGACGUCGCAUCUCUUUGAUCUGGCGCCCAAAAGACACGAAGUAUCGGCUGUCUAAAAGUUCGACAACCAUUGUACGAACCAGUGUAAUCUGAAUACAAAUUAUUGUGUAAUCCCGUGAGGAUACGGGCUAGAAUAGGUCAUUAGCACCCCUUGCUUGUCGUACGAGGCGACUAAAUGGAACGGUCCUUUGGAUGAGAUCGCAAAAAGCGAGGCCCUGUGUCACAGCAGGUGCGGGACGGUAAAGACCCUUCCAUGCUCGAAGACCGUUUAAGCGCCGAGCAUAGCCCUAAAUUUUGCAGCCCUUCACCGACAAUGGUGACGUCUUCAUAUGAGUGAAAAAUUAUCGAACAGGACGUUAAACAAUAUACAAUCAAUGACAUUAUUGUUUAUCUGAUCAUUCAUUAGUCCAGACGGGAAUUAAUUACCAUUCACUAUAUUGCUUACUUUACGAUGGAUAUCAUCAUCAAUUAAUGAAUUGGAUUAGUCGGUAUGACACAAAUGCCCUCGUUGACAUUAAAGUUUGAAAUAUUUGAAAGUCUAUAAAUGUGAAAAUAGCAUCGGAUGCAAAUGAAAGAAAAUAGAAUUAAUAUCACGUGGUUAAAUAUGUAGUGAUGAGAAUUGAAUUUCAUUAGAUUUCAAAGACAUGUGUCCUAAGGCUACAUGUAGCAUCUCUCAGGUAUUGUUAUCAAAGGAUACUCGUGUUUGCAGCGCCAUGUGUGUGUGUGUGUGUGUGCGCACGAUACUAAUGACUAACUUAAAGACAUAUUAUCGGUGUUUUGGAUAGAGAAAAUACACAUUGACUAAUCAGAGAAACUCUUUUGCUGGUUCCCAUUUGGGUGUUUCCCUUUCAGUCUCGUCAACCAAGAGUUCAUAUGAACGUUUAAUCCAUCAAUAAAAACUUACAAGAUAUGAAACUGCUUUGAUUGUGCGGAAAGUAGUUUUUCCACAAGUUGUUCUUCAAACGGAUAGGCAGACGAAGGCUCACCUAAUCAGCUUGGCUGUUUUAUUGCAGGAGAAAAUUUAAGGAGAUACACUUCUCCUAUUAUUAUAGAUUGGCUCAUUAGGUAGAGAACUUUCAAAACUGUCGUUAGAUCCAUCAAUUUGGGCAUAUUCAUCUUUAUUAUUUGAAAUGACUUCCGAUUUGUCGAAAUCUCAUGAAGUUUCUGCAACUCUGACAGUUAAAAUUCUCAAAUCACAAAAAAAAAAAAAAAAAAAAAAAAAAAAAAUGGGGGAAGAAGAAAAAAAAAACCCUGUAACAAUGUAAUCAGUAUCAGGUAACUUCACAUCUACUCCAAUAGGAACUACAUUUUGUGGCGGAAGAAUUGUUUAAUCAAAAAGAUUCUAAAUCUGCAUUAUUUUACAGGUUCCGGUUUAUAUCGUCAAUUUUUAUACCCCUAUACUUGUAUUUCAAUUUUAUAAUUUAUGAUACAAGUAGUUGAGACUAGGAACUAAUUCAGAUGUUGUAAUUAUUUAAUUUGAUUUAAAAAAAAGAAAAGAAUAGGCCCUCAGACCAAUAUCCCUUGUUUGUCGAAAGAGACAACUAAAUGGGGCGGUCCUUUGGAUGAGACCGCAAAAACCGAAGCCCCAUGUCACUGCUCAGAGGCCGUAAGCGUCGAGCAUAGACAUAUAUUAUGCAAUUCUUCACCGACAGUGGUGACGUCUCCAUAUCAGUGAAAAAUGCUCGAGAGGGAUGUUAGGGACCGGUCAAUAUUUAUGGGGGAUUGGGUUGGGACCGGUGCAUUCCAUAUAUUUUCAUUUAAAAAGAAACCUCUAUGCUUUAUCUUCUAAGAAUACAAAAAAAGUUCCUGUCCUAUAUCAGACGUGUAAUAAAAAUGUGUGUAGCCUAUCUAUUAAAGCAAUAUAUUUGCAUGAUUAAACAUUUUUACUUCAUUUUAAAAUUCUCUGGGGUUCUUCAUAAUUAUCACUUUAAAACAUUUUAUAUCAGUUGAGGGAUUCAAGUUCACUUUGCCAUGUUUGUUCGGUGAUUUUCUAGUGAAGUUACAAAUCUCAUUAUUUUCAUCUUUUUUCCCCUUAAAUUGUUGUGCUACAUUUUGCUUAUUAUUUUUUUUUUACCGAAUUGUUGUCUCAUGUACUUACAAGUAUGUUUCACAUCUCGGUAUUCUCUAUGAAAGGCAGUCAAAAUCAGUGUGCCAAGAACGGCCUAACAAUCGGUAUGAAACAUGUCAGACAGCAUUUGAUCCAAUGAUAGGUUGUAUUGGCAAACUAUCAAAUUAUUCGGCCUAACAAUCGGUAUGAAACAUGUCAGACAGCAUUUGACCCAAUGAUAGGUUGUAUUGAAAAACUAUCAAAUUAUUAAAGAUGUGUUUAGACUUCAGUUAAAUUCAGGUCUGUAUCCUUCAAGCUAUGACAAACAUGAUAUACCAUUUUUAUUUUCUAUGAUUGAAAUCCGCACUCCAUGCAAAAAUUACAUGUAAUUUUUGCAAUUUUAUUAACAACUGAAUACUUCUUUUGUGAUUUUUAAUUACAUGUUUUGAUAUUAAAAAUUUUCAAAGGUCCAGUAUUUUAUUGCAAAUUGUCUGUACUAUAUUCAACUUGGCCAUGAAAUAAAACAUGCAUACAAUUCAGUAUUAUUGUUUGUAAGAUAGUUGAAUUAAAAGUUUGAAAUACUUCAUUAUAUUUUUUGUUCAAUGCUACAUUUGCAACAAAAAAAUAACUGUCCUAUCAGUGUUGAAAAUAAAAAAGUUGGAGUCCUACCAGUAUGUAAGUCAAAAUAAAUGUGUGUCCUAUUGCAUUUUGCACCGGUCCCCCCCCCCCCCCCCCCCCCAAUAAAUAUUGACCGCUCCCUUAAACAAUAUACAAUCAUGAAUAAAUCAAUGCUUUAUUGUUUGCAAUGAAGUUUGCGAAUGAGAUUCCGAAAAGGAAGUAAUAUAUUAUAAGACGCAUAUACAUAAAAAUUGCAUAGUUAAUUAGUCGGUAUGAAACCUAAUGGAGUUUUAGUGUAUUUUAUAUAUCAGUGAAGAUGUUUAUAGUCAUCAAAAGGGAAAAGUAAAGAAAAGAAAAAUUACGAAACAUAUGUAUCUUGUUCGUUUGUAAUCAAGUUUUUAUGUCACCAUCAAACAAACAACCUUUGUAAUAAUUCCUUUAAAUGUUUGUGCUAAAUCGGAAACCUAUAUUAUACGUAUAAAAUAAUUCUACUGUUUAUCAACUACAAUUACAUUUUAAUUUGUGACUCAUUUUACACACAACCAUACACUUUUCCUGUACCUGCUGCUUGACACGGACUUCCAUUUGAAUUAUUGAUUUUUCAUAGUUGAUGUUUAUUUUUUCUUUAAAAAAUGGUUUUGAAUGGUGAAAAAUUAAACGAUAGGAGUUAGUCGGUUGAUUGAUUUUAACGUCACGUUCGAGAAUCUUUCACUCAUAUGGAGACGUCACCGUUGCCGGUGAAGGGCUGCAAAAUUUCGGCCUAUGUUCGGUGCUUGAAGCAGCGAGGAAUCUUUAUCGUGUCACCUCUGUUGUGACACGGAACCUCGGAUUUUGUGGUACCAUCUGAAGGACCGCCCCAUUUAGUCGCUUCUUACGACAAGCAAAGAGUACCGAGGAUCUAUUCUAACCAGGAUCCCCACGGGACAGGAGUUUAUAGUCUGAGAGACAGACAUAGACACAUACAGAUGAAAUGAUUAAGCUAUGUUUAUUUUAAAUGUGCGAGACCUCCAAUAUCCGUCAGUUAUAGAGAUUGUAAUGGGUGAAAAAAAAAUCUCGUACGGAAAUGAUUCAUUGCUACUACUACGAAAAUUUAAGCACGACUGAAAUACUACUUGAUCACAUUUUUCGCAGUAAAACCAUAUUUGACGUCAUUCACGCAUUGGAAAGGCCAAGACUGUUAUUCAAACCUCAAAUGUUCAACGCAACCCGCGUCUUUAUCAAGAUACAUAUAUUACAUACACAAAUAUCACACACCAUGAGAAAACGACUAGUAUUAAUGAUCUACAUUGUUAACAAGAAUGAAGCACUGAUGAUUUUUCUCAAUUCAGUACAUCGACAAAUAAAAUAUAAAUUAAAAGUAAAAGCAUGAAAACGACAGAUAAUGAUGGUCAUUAGAAAUAAUCUAUCAUGAAACUAAAAUAUAUUGAGCAUCUUAGAAAUAUGAUACUUGAUAAACAAGAUUGUUGUAUCUUGCUUAACGUCUCUCUCGAGAAUAUUUCACUCAUAUGGAGACGUCACCAAGACCGGUGAAGGGCUUCAAAUUAAGGCCUUUGCUCGGCGCUUACGGCCUUUGAGCAGUGGCGGUUCUUUACUGCGACACGGGUCAUCCGUUUUUAAGAUCAUCGACGAGGACCCGUAACAUUCACACCUGAUGCCGAUCGUUUGGCGAUGGAACUGUCACUACCUGUUUUAACACCUUAAGUUUGUCACGGCCGGGAUUCGUACCCCAGCCUUCCGCAUGCGGGGCGAACCCUCUAACCACUAGGUCACCGCGGCGGUUGAUAAACAAGAAAUCCUUGCAAUAGUACUGGACAAAAUGCUCAGAUGAAGAUUGGCCUACCUUUUGCUCUACACUGCCAUUUUAACAGUUCAUAAAACCCUUUGCAAGAACCAUGUAUUUAACGAUAAUUUAUAUUUCAUAGUAAUAUUGAUGAAAGGUGAAGAUAACGAACAGUAAUCAAUCUCAUAAUUCCUAUAAGCAAUACAAAAUAGAUAGUUAGGCAAACACGGACCCCUGGACACACCAAAGGUGGGAUCAGGUGUCUAGGAGGAGUAAGUAUCCUCUGUCGACCGGUCACACCGCCGUGAGCUUAUAUCCUGAUAAGGUAAACGGAAUUAUCCGUAGUCAAAGUCAGUGUGCCAAGAACGGCCUAACAAUCGGUAUGAAACAUGUCAGACAGCAUUUUGACCCAAUGAUAGGUUGUAUUGACAAACUAGAUCGUUAUAACGACCACAAAAUUUGCGAAAUGGUGACUUCAAUCGAGACUGUUGAAACCCCUGUACCAUCAACUUGUCAGUAGCUUGCCUCGAUUUAAAAACUGACUGUACGCAGAACAAGCUCUUGCGUAUCGAAUCAGUUGAGAGAUAAAAUUUAGAAAUUCAUUUCAAAAUUAAGGAUUAUCUCCCUCAUGCAUAGCUCUUAUCCUUGGACGAAUUUGGCUCCACUUGUUUGGCACGCUGUUUUUGGCUAUAUUUAGAUCUAAAACUUCAUAGUUAUUUCGGAUUUCAAACAUUUCGGUUGAGCAUCACUGAAGAGACAUUAUUUGUCGAAAUGCGCAUCUGGUGCAUCAAAAUUGGUACCGUAUAAGUUUUACAUAAGCACCAUAUGCAGGUGAUGAUGGAAUUUUGCUACACAAAUAUGGGAACUUGACGAUGGAGAAGCUGAAAUCAUUCCGUUUGUCAUACAGUUGAGUUGUCAGUUUGCUGUUAAUGUCUACCUUCAAUAAAAUAUCUAAGUAUGAAGCAGAAAUGGACGUCUCUGUGGUGUCCAUGUUUGGCUACUGUGAUAAUACAAUGUAUAGAUCGAUUUAUUCUAGAUACGCUGCCUUCUACAUGUUGUGAAAUAAAAUACGCUGAAAAUA